AUGAUAGCCUUCUUAAAAUCUCAAUGAAUGCUUUAGUUUAUUUUAAAUAACCAAAUAUUUGAACUCAAGAACAAAUUGUUGGGGUACUAUCGGUCAGUUCACAAUGUGAUCGGAACUUGUUGGCUAAAAAAACAAACAACUUCUAUAUAUACAUUUUGUCACCUUCGCAAACUGGACAUUUUGGCGCCAAAUAAACCAAGUGUAAUCCGUCACUCAUCUCAUGAAUUACAUAAAACCAUGCACGAGGAAACCCAACGCGUUCAACAACCUUAUCACGCUAACUGCUCCAAAACCUCUCAUUCACGUCGACGCUUCCAUCAUCAAGACAGAUUUCGAUCCCAACACAUUCCGUUCCAAUUUCCUUCUCAAAACUUUUCUCCAACGCGGGGAUUUGACUUCUGCCCGCAAACUGUUCGACGAAAUGCCUCACAAGAACAUAUUCUCCACCAACACCAUGAUCAUGGGUUACAUCAAAUCUGGCAAUCUUUCUAGAGCCAGAACCUUGUUUGAUUCCAUGUUUGAACGUACUGCUGUCACAUGGACAAUGUUGAUUGGUGGUUAUGCUCAGAAUGAUAAAUUCCGUGAAGCCUUUAGCCUUUUUGUUGAGAUGGGUAGGCACGGGAUUGAUCCAGAUCAUGUCAGUUUGGCUACUCUGUUAUCCGGGUUCACUGAGUUUGAUUUUGUUAAUGAAGUGAGACAAGUUCAUACCCAUGUUAUCAAAUUGGGCUAUGAUUCGACGCUUGUGGUUUCUAACUCGUUACUUGACUCUUACUGUAAGACUCGCAGCCUUGGAUUAGCUUGCCAGCUUUUCAAUGAUAUACCUGAGAGAGAUUCUGUGACUUUUAAUGCCUUGUUGACGGGGUAUUCGAAAGAAGGGUUCAAUCAUGAAGCUAUAAACCUGUUUUUCAAGAUGCAGGAAUUGGGGUAUAGGCCAUCGGAGUUUACUUUUGCUGCGAUUUUAACAGCAGGUAUACAUUUGGAUGAUAUAGAGUUUGGGCAACAAGUUCAUGGUUUUGUGGUGAAGUGUAACUUUGUGUGGAAUGUGUUUGUGGCUAAUGCUUUGCUUGAUUUUUACUCGAAGCAUGACCGGGUUGUUGAAGCAAGGAAGCUUUUUUAUGAGAUGCCGGAGGUCGAUGGUAUCUCUUACAAUGUGCUUGUCACCUGUUAUGCGUGGAGUGGAAGAGUGGAAGAGUCUCUUGAACUGUUCAGGGAAUUGCAAUUCACUGGAUUUGACAGGAGACAAUUCCCAUAUUCUACGUUGUUGAGCAUAGCUGCAAUUUCUUUAAACCUAGAUAUGGGUAGACAGAUUCAUUCCCAGAUUAUUGUAACGGAUGCGAUUUCAGAAAUUCUAGUAGGUAAUUCAUUGGUUGAUAUGUAUGCUAAAUGUGGCAAAUUUGGGGAAGCAAAUAGGAUUUUUACAGAUCUGUCUCAUCAAAGUUCUGUUCCAUGGACAGCCAUGAUCUCUGCAUAUGUCCAGAAAGGGCUUCAUGAAGAUGGUCUAAAGCUAUUCAUUGAGAUGCAAAGAGCAAAAAUAAGUGCCGAUGCAGCCACUUAUGCCAGUAUUGUUAGAGCAUGUGCAAGUUUAGCCUCAUUGACACUAGGAAAGCAGUUGCACUCACAUAUACUCGGAUCGGGAUACAUUUCAAAUGUAUUUUCUGGGAGUGCACUACUUGACAUGUAUGCAAAAUGUGGAUCCAUAAAAGAUGCACUUCAAAUGUUUCAAGAGAUGCCUGUAAGAAAUUCUGUCUCCUGGAAUGCACUUAUUUCAGCUUAUGCACAAAAUGGAGACGGUGACCGCACCCUUAGAUUAUUUGAAGAAAUGGUUCAUUCAGGUUUGCAGCCAGAUUCUGUUAGUCUCCUUAGUAUUCUAUGUGCUUGCAGUCACUGUGGUCUAGUUGAAGAAGGGUUAAAGUACUUCAAGUCUAUGACUGAGAUUUAUAAACUUGUACCCAAGAAAGAGCAUUAUGCAUCAAUAAUUGAUAUGUUAUGUCGCAGUGGGAGAUUUGACGAGGCGGUAAAAUUGAUGGCUCAAAUGCCUUUUGAACCUGAUGAAAUAAUAUGGUCAUCUGUUCUCAACUCAUGUAGAAUCCAUAAAAAUCAAGAGUUGGCAAAGAAUGCAGCAGAGCAACUAUUCAAUAUGAAUGUACUUAGAGAUGCUGCUCCAUAUGUUAGCAUGUCCAAUAUCUAUGCAGAAGCUGGUGAAUGGGACAAUGUAGGGAAGGUGAAGAAGGCCAUGAGAGAAAGAGGAGUGAAAAAAGUUCCUGCUUAUAGUUGGGUUGAAAUCAAACACAAAACUCAUGUUUUCACUGCCAAUGAUAAGUCUCAUCCACAGAUGAGAGAGAUAAUGAGGAAGCUUGAUGAGUUGGAAGAGAAAAUGGGGAAACAAGGGUAUAGACCAGACUCAAGUUGUGCCCUUCACAAUGUGGAUGAGGAUGUGAAGAUAGAGUCUCUUAAAUAUCACAGUGAACGCAUUGCCAUUGCCUUUGCACUAAUUAGCACCCCAAAAGGGUCACCUAUAUUAGUAAUGAAGAACCUAAGAGCUUGUACUGAUUGUCAUGCCGCCAUAAAGGUGAUCUCCAAGAUCGUUGGUCGAGAAAUCACGGUUAGGGAUUCGAGCAGGUUCCAUCAUUUCAGAGAUGGGUUUUGCUCCUGUAGAGACUACUGGUAGCCUUGCUUUGUACCUUUCAUAAAGCCAUCAAUUUUCCUUGAAAAAACGAGGUAAAACCUUGUAAAGAAUCUAGUAGUGUGAAGAACUGAGCUGAGCUAGGGAUUGAAAACUGGCAAUAGGGGGCUUGGACUUACUGCAGAUAUUAUUGACCCCCUGCACAUUGGUCCUUAAAUAUCCUUAAGGCACCAACGGCACUUGGUACCGUAACAUGACUGCAGUGUUGACAAAAGAGUAUCACUCAUCCCGGUAGCUGGUUAGACUAUAACCUUCAAAACCCCCUCUCAUCCAAGGCAGUUUUGUUCUUGUGCUGUUGUUUUGAAUUCCUGGACCUUCUGAAGACAGAAUCUGGGAAAGAAAUUGAUAGUCAUGAAUCAUGAUGCUAUCUUUCUAGACAAGUUAUUUUAUUGACAUACUGAUUUCCUGCUAAUGCGAACUCCAACCGAAAUCUUUUUUCCUUCUGAACAAGAUGCAAGUGGACUGAUGUAGAGCAUAAAGUGGAUCUAUCUGACCUAGUUUGAAAUUUUAUUGCAAAAACUUUAAUUUUAUGAAUUGUAUAGAAAUAUGCCAAAUAAGUUGGUCUUAUUAGGGAUUUCUGUUUAGUUGUAAGAGCUGAUGCUUGCAACAUGGUUUCGAUUCUAUAUGGGUCUGGUAUAUAUGAUAAUAUUUAAACAAAAGUAUCAAACGUUCUUGAUAACCAGCGCAUGACAUUCCGGGUCACUUAGUUAUAUUGAGAUUUUUAUAUUCACCCUCCCCAUCAUUUACAAUUUGUUGCCCUAUAAAUCUAUGAAUUGUUAUGUCUGGUUUUCAUGUCCUACAGAGGUUUCGUAAAAUAUAAUUAUAAUAUUCUUUUGACUUAAAUUCAGCAUGAUCAAAAGUCUCCAUUGUUGUCAAACUUGCGAGCUAAUUUGGUCCCGUAGAAUUGUGAGUAGCGAGUUUAUAACCGUAGGUAAGACAAUUUAAUGUACUCACUUACAACUUACAAACUCAUUUCUUCAGGCUCUGGUUGACUAAGGGAAAACAGGCACACUCGCCCAAAAUUGUGAGUCUAGUGAAGUGAACUAAGGUGAACCAAAACCACCCCGAUCUGGCAUUAAUGCCCAGGAGAUACCCUUUUCUCUACCAGAAGUACCACAGAGCUCAGCUAGCAAAGGAAAUCACACCACAAGUUGGCAAUGACAGUCCAAUUUAGGAGAUUUUGUUUUGGUCUAACACAUUGCUCUCAGAGAAAAUGUACAAGUUCGCCGUUGACGAGCAUAUUGUUCUCAAAGUCACAGAGCAAAGACGAUAAGAAUAGACCAACGGGGGCAUCAAACACCACAUCAGACAUAUAUUAUCAGCUGAUAAGAGAUGACAAUAUGGGGGAAUAAAACGAGGAUGCCUAUUUACAAACAAAAAGCAAUGUCAAGCCAAAUCGAAAAUAACGAUAUCACGUGACAAUAAUGCACUGGCCGGAGGUCAAACUCACCGAUCAAUUGAAGUGUAUUUCAGAUUGUAGAAACCGAAUGUGUAUUUUUAUGACUACACUACACUGACCGGUGAUCAAAUUCAACGGCCACACCGGCCAUCUGAAGUGUACUUCGAAUUGAACAAUUUAAAUGUUUAUUUUGCAUGUGCAGAGUUUGGAAUCCGUAAUACCAGUAACAGAAGAUAACGAAACAAUUUAUUCAGUUUUCAAUACGAUUCUAAAAUUCGGACAUUUCAAAAUCAGAUUCACUUCAAGAAUCCGGAUCUUAGAAUUUGAAGGGUAUUUUUGAAUUUUCAAGCAUUCUGAUAGGGUGGGUUGAAGGGGAGUUCUUUCCAAAAUAUGGUGCUUUAGUCAUCCUAUUCUGAAAAUUUAUUAAAUCGCAAUUCUUUUGAUUAAUAGAAGAGCAGCCUCGAGAUUAAAAAAAACACCUUAAAUACUUGUUGAAAGUUACAGUGCAGGAUGUCACAAAUUUUUGGGUUGCUAUACAUUAUACUUUAAGUUGAUCUCAUUCUACUCAAAACAUUUAAAUAUUUUUCAAAGAACUUGCAAGAGAUUAUUUGUUUCAUCGAAAUUGCUACAGAGUAUAGUUCGUACGUCCAUUUUCUAUUGGUUGCAACAGUGAUUGAGAAAUGCUCUCAAAGAUAAGAAUAUAAAAAAGCAACACGUACUAUAUUGAAAAAGUCCAAGAGUCUC